AUGAGAGCUUUCUACAAGAGUCUCUUGUUUUUACUGGGGUUUUUCUCGGUUCGAACAAAGGCAGAAAUAGAAGUAAACGUAUCGGCGUGGGGAACAGCCAUUCAGUCAUCAGAUAAUGCCGACUGGUAUGCCUGGAAGGCUGUGGAUGGGUCGAACUCCACCUGCUCUCAUACAACGUCACAGACCGACCCGUGGUGGAAGCUGGACCUGAUGAAGACCUACAGGGUGAACAGAGUGACCCUCACUAACAGACUGAGCUGCUGUGAAGAGAGGAUAAACGGGGCGGAGAUCCGGAUCGGAAACAAUUCUACAGCUCUUUUCAGCAACCCAUUAUGUGCUGUAGUUUCUUCUAUUCCAGCGGGAACUACCUCCAACUACUCGUGCAAUGGGAUGGAGGGACGCUAUGUUAUUGUGGACAUUCCUGGAGAAUUAAGGAUUCUCAGUCUCUGUGAAGUGGUAGUCUACGUGAUUGGUAAUUUGGCAACAGGAAAAACCGUCACGCAGUCGUCAACCUAUGGAACCUGGAUUGCUGAGCAGGCCAUUGAUUUAAAUCCAAAUUUCAUGCAGCCGUGGUCAGCAUGUUCCUCAACCAAUUUUCAGACUGACCCAUGGUGGAGGCUUGAUCUGGGCUCUGUGUACAGAGUUAAUAGAGUCGUCGUCACAAACAGACUAGACUGCUGUUCAGAACGAAUAAACGGAGCUGAGAUUACCAUCGGAAACUCUUUGGAGAACAACGGCAACAACAAUCCCAUAUGUGCUGUGAUUCCUAGUAUUCCAGCUGAUGCUUCCUCCACCUUCACAUGUAACGGUAUGGAGGGUCAAUACAUCAAUCUGUUCAUUCCUGGAGAUUCAAAGAUCCUUGCUCUUUGUGAGGUGGAGGUCUAUGGAGAAGGUGAGAGCAAACAAGCAGGUUUAAUGAAACUGAAGUCCAGUUCUAGUCUGUCUGACCCUGAGAUGAGAGUCCAGCUCCUGUCCCAGCUUCGGUCUGCUCUGGCGAAACAAGGGGUUUCUGGCGUGACGCUGCAGUGGACUCAACCGCCCGAAAAAGUUGUGAUGUGGAAAGAAGAUGCACCCAACUUUAACUCUGGCUUUGAUCUGGUCCUUGAGGCUUACGGGGCACAGUAUUACACCAGUUUUGUUCAUAUCUUUCGAACAAGGAGUCAUGUCAUCGACAUUGGGCAUCUGUUCUGUUCACAGACCAGCUCAGAGACCGACCCGUGGUAUAGAGUGGAUCUGCUGAAUGAAUACCAGGUGAAGAAGGUGGCCAUCACUAACAGAGAUGACGUCAACUCUUAUCAGAGGAUAAACGGGGCGGUUAUUCGUGUCGGGAACUUCUCUGACAAUGUUUACAGCAACACCAUAUGUGCUGUCAUCUCUACUAUUCCUUCUGGAGACACGGCCAGCUUCUCCUGCGGUGGGCUGGUGGGACGUUACGUGAUCGUUCAUAUUCCUGGAGAUCAGCAGAUUCUUACUCUCUGUGAGCUCGAAGUCUCACGGUUUUUGCGUGGAAAUUGGGCAUCGAAAGGAACUGCUCUACAGUCAUCGACAUCUGGGAACUGGUUCGCUCAAAAGGCUAUUGACGGUAAUCGAGGUCUCCAGCUGUUUUAUCCAGGAUGCUCCUCAACCCUUAAUCAGUCUAACCCAUGGUGGAGGGUGGAUCUGAAAAACAUGUAUCAAAUUAGUAGAGUUGUCGUCACUAACAGAAACGACUGCUGUCCAGAACAAAUCAACAACACAGAGAUUCGUAUUGGAAGCUCUUUGGACAACGACGGUAACAACAAUCCCAUAUGUGCUGUUAUUGCUGCUAUUCCAGCAGGUGAGUCCUACAGCUUCUCAUGUAACGGGAUGGAGGGACGUUACGUGAAUCUGAUCAUUCCUGGAGACAUGAAGAUACUCACUCUGUGUGAGGUGGAGGUUUUCGGAAAAGGUCCCAUUUUAAAAAGAUCGGUUGUAAAAAUGAUGUUUAACUCCAGAGCUGAUUUGACAGACCCAAAAAUGAAAGAAAAUGCCGUUUCUUUUGAAAUGUUCCCUCAUCAUAUCUAUUAUCACUACGGUGAGGAACUCUCCACCGAGGGGGACCCCUUCCACCGGCGCUCCACAGCCAGUGGAGCUGCCAAGAAGGUAACGGAAAAGUCACGUGCCUUCGUCAUGGUGCUGUACCGCCGCUGA